AUGGAAAAAUCACAAAAUAUAUCAGAUAUUGAACAAACAAAAUUAUUUUCUAUUAUUCAACAACGUUCACUUGAACGUGAAAUUGAUCUUGUUCGUCAAGAACUUGAAAUUACAGAGAAAAAAACUAUUCAAUUUGAACAAACAUUUGAUAAUUCGGAUGAAGGAAUUAAAUUUCAUAUGGAAAAUCUUAAAUUAAAAUGUGAUGUAUUACAUAAACAUAUUCUAACAUGUAGUCAACGAUUAGAUGAUAUUAAUAAACAAAAUCUUAUGAAAUUAACAAAUGAAAAUCAAAUAUUAAAAAUUAGAACUCAACAUGAAGAAUCAAAUAAUGAUAAUAAAAAUAUUGAAGUUGAAUUUGAAUUAUUACGUUUACGUGAACGUUAUAAUGAAUUAAUUGAACAUACAAAUACACUUAAACCUGAAUUAAAUAAUGCACAAAAACAAUUACAUGAACAAGAAAAAAUUGAGCCAAAUUUAAAUGUUGAUUUGGAAAAAGAACGACGACGUGCAGAUGAAUUUGAAAAUGAUUAUAAAUCUUUAAAAAUAAAAUAUGAUGAUGUAUGUGAACGUAUUCGUAUAGCUACACAUCAAUUAGAACAUGUACAAAUUGUACUUGAAGAAACAUCACGUCGUUGUGAACAAUUGGAAAAAGAAAAGUCCGAAAUUAAUGCUCAAUCUGAAUAUCUUUCACAAAAUGUUCUUAAUGUAACAUCAAAAUAUAAAGAUAAAUUAAAUAUAAUUAAAGUUCGUUUAGAACAAGCAGAACGUGAAAGACGUGAAGUACAACUUCGUAAUGAAAAAUUUCAAAAUGAUAGACAACCGUUUGAUGUAAAAAAUGAUGGAAUUCGAGAAAGUGUUAUAGUAACAAAAACAUUUGAUAUUAAAAUUAUUCCAUCAGAUCAUUCAUUAUCGGAUGAAUAUGAAAAUCGAUAUUUAUAUGAAUUACAACAAGAACGAAAGGAAUUAAUGAGAAAGAUGCAAAAUGAAAAUGAACAAAUGCAACAAAAAUUAUCUGAAUCAAUGCAUCGUUCAACAAUUGAUUCAUUAGUACAAGAAAAUCCAACUAAUUAUACAUAUUCAAAUUCUCAAAUACAAACAAAUGUUUUAAGAUGUGCACAUUGUUUUGCACCUAAAUCAAAUGAUUUAUAUACACGAUUUUGUACGGAAUGUGGUCUACCUUGGCAAAAACUAACUCAUAAUCCACCGGAUAAUUAUUCAACAAGAAUUCUAUGUCUUCAUUGUAAAUCAACAAAUCCAAUACAUUUACGAACAUGUUAUAUUUGUGAAAAUGUAUUAACACCAACAUCGACAUCACCAAAAAAACGAACUUCAAUUUCAAUUCCAACAAUAUCAAAACAAACUAAUACAAUGAUGAUAACAUGUUCAAAAUGUUUUCGUUUAAAUAAUCCUAAUGCUCGUUUUUGUGAUUGGUGUAGUGCAUAUCCUGAUCAUGCAUCUACAUCAAUACAAUGUACAAAAUGUCAUACUAAUAAUGAUUCAUUUGCAAAAUUUUGUUCAACAUGUGGAUGUGUUAUUGAACCACCAUUACGUAUUAUUGAUACACGUCUUUAA